UACCAUGAACCAUAAACUGAAGUCUUUAACAUCUGGAUGUUCAGGAAAUCUGGAGGGUCCCAUCCAGGGAGACGUGGGAAUUAGAUGUGUGGAGUUAUAUGUUGUGCAGGACGUGUUGAGACCCUUCUGGACCUUUCUGGUCUAAAUGUCUCUGCAAUCUUGACCAGAACUUUUGUGUGAAGCUUUACUUGUGUUAUUGUACCUUUCUUUCUUCUAAUGUUAAAAAAAGGAGAUCAGUGAGGGAAACACCCAGCACAUUUCUGUCAGAGAGCCAUGGGAGGAGUCAGUCAGUAACCAAGAUAUAAGACUCUCUCAGCAGCAGCAGCAGCAGCAGACAGAAAGCUGCAGCUGGAAGUCAACGAGACUCACAAACAACUCAAGUUAAAGUUCAUUUUACCAAGUUCAUCAGGUUGGAGACAUGGACUCGGAUAACAUGUUACUAUCUGCUCUGGGUCGACCUUUCACCCUGGGGAUGUUCUACGAUGCUCGUAGAGAUCAGCUGAUUCCAGGUGUUACACUCUGGGAUCGUCAAACUAUAGAAAAGAACACAGUUCAAACCUCUAAACGGACCAGUACAUUUGAAAUUUCUGCAUCUGACUCCACUGAAUCCAAAUCUUCUCUGCUGAAUAUUGAAGCUUCUCUGAAAGCCAGUUUCUUAGGUGGACUGGUAGAAGUUGAAGGAUCUGCAAACUACCUGAAGGAUCAGAAGAAGUUUGCCAACCAGAGCAGAGUCACGUCUCAGUAUAAAGCCACCACCAACUUCAAACAGUUGUCAAUGCCGGCCCUUCAAACCUUGGAUGAAGAUCAGAUUAAUGCUAUAGAGAAGAGCUCUGCAACACAUGUAGUCACUGGUAUCCUUUAUGGAGCAAACGCUUUCUUUGUGUUUGACAGUGAGAAGUUAGACGCGAGUAGUGUUCAGGACAUCCAAGGCCAGAUGAAAGCAGUGAUAAAGAAAAUCCCAACAUUUAAUUUUGAGGCAAAAGUUGGAGUGAAACUGACUGAAGAGGAAAAGAAGCUGACUGAGAAAUUCUCCUGUAAAUUCCAUGGAGAUUUAAUUCUUGAAAGCAACCCUUCAACAUUUGUAGAUGCAGUGAAGGCCUAUGUAGAACUGCCGAAGCUACUGGGAGAAGAUGGAAAAAAUUCUGUCCCAGUGAAAGUCUGGCUGCUGCCGCUGAAGAGUCUGUAUCCUGAAGCUCCUGAUAUGGUGAGUGAGAUCAGUGUUGGACUGGUGAGGAGAGUUGAAGAAGCUCUGGACGACCUCAGAGAGAUGGAAACAAGAUGCAAUGAUUCUCUGGUUGAUGAAGCUGUAGAGAAGUUUCCUCAGCUUCAAGAAGAGAUGAAAAGUUUCCAGAGCCUGUGUGGUCUUUACAAAUCUAAACUCCAACAGACCAUGAAAGAGAAACUUCCCUCCAUCCGUGAAGGUAAAGAAGAUGAGAGCUCCCUGAAGCAGCUCUUUGAAGACAGAGAAAAGUCUCCAUUCAGUCAUGACAAGAUGGAGAAGUGGCUGGUCUGCAUGGAGAGAGAAAUCAAUGUUAUCAGAUCAUGUCUAGAACCAAUGAAGGGAACAAAGAUCGUCCACAACCAGUCAGAGUUAGACAGAGAAGUUCUCGCUCCAGGUGUCACUGAUGCUCUCUGCUUUGUCUUCACCUCUUUGGAGGAUGAUGACCCUUACAUUGAUGAGAUAAAGACCUACUUAGAUUUACUUAAGCAAGGAAGAACCAGUAAAGACCCCUGGUUCUACUCAACUGAGGUUUUAACCAAAAUGAAAGGAAAAGCCAGAGUUCUCCGUGAUCUUGCCAAAGCUCUGAAGAACAAAAAGGAUUUCCGCUUCCUUGUGGCUGCCAUUGCAAACAAGAAACACACCGGAGCAACCAUCUACCAGUACAAAGAUGGCCAUCUGGUCACAGAGGACUUUUCCCAACCAGACCCACCCCCUGUGAAGACCAUCACAAACAGAAGAGACCUCAUCUGGUAUGCCCGUCAUCUCACUGUGGACCUGGACACUGUUGGCCAAGAACUCUUCCUCUCUAAAAACAACGAAAAGUGGAUAUGCAUAAAGGGAGUAUCUCAUUGUUAUCCUGUAAACCCUAAAAGGUUAAAGGAAGCACAGUUUCUGUGUCACGAGAAGCUGACUGGACGAAGUUACUGGGAGAUAGAGUGGAGUCAUAUGACAUGUGAUAAUGUGGUGGGUGUUGCAUACAAUACAAUUCCAAGAGAAUGUCGUCCGCGGUUCUCAGAUAAAUGUUGGGUGUUAACUCACUAUCAUAACCCUGAUUCUGGUUACACAAACCUACUUCAAGCCUACCAUAAAAAAUGGUUGUGGGAUACCCCUUUCCCUUAUGGCUGCAUCAGGAUCGGGGUGUUCCUGGACUGGUCUGCAGGGACUCUGUCCUUCUACAGGGCCGAUGGUGACACACUGGCUCACCUGUACACCUUCCACACCCAAUUUACUGAUCCUGUUUAUCCGAUUUGCGCAGCUUAUAAUACUGACAAUUAUGUCUAUCUGCGUCCAAUAGAUUAAGAGUCAUAACAAGACCUGAGACUUCACAGGAACGUGUUUGUCUCAAAGGUUUUACAAGUAAAGUGAAAACCUUAAACCUGACAUAAACCUGUCAUUUACUACAUGUUGAAAUUAUACAUGUACAUUUAUUUUCAUGGUUCUUCUUUAAUCAACAGCUUUAUGGGUUUUGUUCUCCAACCAGAUGAAAAAAACACAGACAUACAAACCCAGUUUCUUUGUCAGAAACUUAAAUUUCUUGUUUCAUCUUUUUACGUAGAAAUGAACUUUGUCAUAUAAUCAUUGCUUAAUAUUAUAUAUAACCUGCUUUAGAAAAUAGUGCAUACUGCAGACACACUGAUGAGAUUUUAUGAAUUACUGUGUAACCUGUUGUUUUUUCUCACCAAAUAAUUUUCAGGUCAUUUAAAUUUUUAUACAUCUAUUUGUAAUGAAUUUGCCUUGUUUUUGUUUUUCUUUAUAUUUCUCUUUUUUCAAGUUUAAAACACUUUCAUGUCUUAAAAAAUUUAAACAAGCUGAAAAACGGUUUCAUAUUUUUCUUUAAUACAACAAACGUCUGUAAAACCUGAUAUAUUUGCUUGUUCAUUUGCACCAGUAAAAAAACAACCAAAGGAUCUUUCACUGUUCGAAGAGUUCUUUGUAUGAUCUCAGUGCUGAAUGAGUCCACUGCUGUGAUGUAGAAAUAAUCACAAUAAAAAGCAUCUUCCAGCAUC